AUGAGCCUCACUCUGGUCCGACCGACUGCAAUAUCAUUCGACAAACUGAAGAAUCCGGCGGAGCAGCAUCCAUGUGAAGGUGUGCGGUAUUUUGCUGCCAGUCCUGGCUGUUCGCUGUCCACCGUAAGGAUUGGACUGCGAUCUCUCGGAAUGGUGAAAGAGCUCGAAGUCGCAGAUUCGACUGGCUGGACACCGUUGUCACUGGAGAUGGAAAAUGGGUCCUCUACGUCGACCACACCCGUGGUUGACGUAGAGGACCCAAUCAAGGCAAACUUCCGUGACCGUGCCUGUCUGGAAAGGGAAAGGAGACAUUGCUGA